AUUCAAUAGCAUACAUGUUCAAACAUCUAAGGCAUGACUUAAUGAAAUUUUACUAGGUUGAUGAUGAAGUACGACUUGAAGAUGAUUGGGUGCCCAUGGAUGAACAAUUAAAUCCAGCAGAACUUGAGGAGGUUAUCAGAUCAAAGGAAGCACAUUCUAGGGCAGUUGUACUUGAGAGUAUUGGGGAUAUUCCUGAUGCUGAGAUUAAACCUCCUGAAAAUGUAUUGUUUGUCUGUAAAUUGAACCCAGUUACUGAGGAUGAGGACUUGAAUACUAUAUUUUCUCGCUUUGGAACUGUAUCAUCGGCAGAAAUCAUCCGUGAUCACAAAACUGGUGACAGUUUAUGCUACGCUUUCAUAGAAUUUGAGGACAUAAGGUCAUGUCAGGAAGCAUAUUUUAAGAUGGAUAAUGCUUUGAUUGAUGAUCGAAGGAUACAUGUGGAUUUUAGUCAAAGUGUGGCAAAAUUGUGGUCCCAAUACAGGCGUAAAGAUCAAAAGGGUAAAGGUGGUGGUUGCUUCAAAUGUGGCUCUACAGAUCAUAUUGCCAAGGACUGCACUGGAGAUGCUACAAUGAAACAACCACAAACAAAAUACAUUUUAAAGGAUGAUAAUACCCAACGUGGUGGAGAUAAUUCGAGAUAUGAAAUGGUUUUUGAUGGAGAUGAUAACCCAGAAAGUCCAAGGCAAGAUGUAAAACACCGAAAGCAUGACAGGGAUGACCCAGUUGAGAAAAAAGUUAGGGAAGAAAAUUUUAAAGAUCAUAGAAGUAGUAGGGAACGGGAUACGGUAAGAGAUAGGUACGGUGAUAGAAGCAGAGAGCAUGGGGGAAAUGGAGAAAACAAAGCACGAUAUGACAGAGGUGCAAGAGAUUUGGAUUCGAAUGCUGACAAGAAAGAAAGAGAUAGGCACAAGGGUAGACAUGGAAAUGAUGAUUACAGGUGGAAAGUUGAUCAUGAAUCCAGAAAAGAAGAGGAUGAUGGCUACAAGCGUAAAGAUGAGCGAGACUCUAGAAGAAGAUAUGAAGAUGAUAACUACAAGCGUAAAGAUGAGCGAGGCCCUAGAAGAAGAGAUGAAGAUGAUAGGAGAAACACAGAUUCUAGCCAUUUGGAGAGAAGGAAUGACAGUGGUUAUAGGAAGAGACCUGAAGACAGUGGAAAGCAAGAUGUGAAGAUUGAUUCUGGUCGAAGAAAGAGAAGUCCAAGUGAUGAUUACAAAAAUGGAAGGAAAGAUGAAGAUUACAAACAUAGAAAGGAAGAACGAGGGAAUAAAAGGCAAGAUAUUGAAUCUGAUGAGGAUUACAAACGUAGAAGGGAGGAUGGAGAUUACAGACAUAGAAGGGAGGAACGUGGACACAAAAGACAAGAUGUUGAAGCUGAUGAUUAUCCUCAUAAGAGGCAUCAUGGUGACAGGAGAUGAUUAUUGGUCUCACUAUAUCCUAAUGCUAAGCACAGAACCUUUGAACGACUAUUAUGUAUGUCCCUUUUGCUUCAGUUUUUCUGGUGAAGCUAGCUAUUUAUGUUUUUGAACAAGGUUUUGAAUGGCUUUAGAAAACUCAGUUUCAUAUUUGGUGCCUAACAGCAAUUUGUUUUUUUGACAAAUAUUGGGGUUUCAUAAAUUAUUAAUGGUGUUUGACUAAACGCAGCAUUACUAGUGUUACAUAGGAUGUAAUAACAAAACAGUUCACGCAUGGAUUGGAGAGGACUGCAGAAAAGCAUGUUGGAGAGGGCUUAUUUAUGUAAUCCGUGAUUUCUGAUCUGAGCUAGGGUUAAAGUCAAAAUUGUUUAUGCAUUCAUUUGUAGAUUACGUCAUUAAAAAUGCACUUAUGAACCAGAAAAUAUAUUUUUGAUUGCAUAACAUUGAAAUAUAUUUCGGAUGAUUCAAUCGAUUUGGUUGUUAUAUUUCUUGAUUUUUUCAGUUUGGAAUACAUCUCUGAAACGGAUGAGGUGUAAUUUUCUUUCUAUCAGCACAUAAUAUGUAAUACAUUUCUAACUUCCAAAACC